CUUCUUUCUCUCUCUCUCUCUCUCUUUGUUUGUAUAUAUAUAUAUACCUGAUAUAAUCACAGAAUGAGCUUGAACUGGGCAAUGCUCACGUCGAAUGGCGAGGACAGCGGCGGUGAUCCAGUUCUACUUCCUGGCGAACAAGGUCGCCUUUAUGCUCAAGAUAAAAUUAAAGCAGUACUUGAAGACCAGUCUUCUUCUCGUUGGGAAGCCAAAGGUCGCGUGUGGAUCUCUAAUCAACGGAUUGUGGUGAUUGCCGAGUCAGGAUCGUUCCGUACAUUGAAUAUACCAUUGACAAGCUUCAAAAACUGGAAGUUGGAACAACCUUGGUUUUCAGCGAAUUAUAUUAACGGCACAGUUGUACCUACACCAGGAGGUGGAUUACAACGACCUACAACACUCACACUCACAUUCACAGAAGGAGGUGCUAUUGAGUUUACAACAGUUUAUCGUAACUUGAUGGAGAGGGUCGUUACAGGAGGUAAAAGCGGGGAAAACAACUGUUUUGUGUGUUUUUGUGGAGAGAGAGAGAGAGAGAGGUUAAGAAGGGGUGAUGAGAAGGAAAUAAGAGGGCUUAAACUAAAAACAUAGAAAAAACAUAAUGCGUAAUGUAUAUAUAUAUAUAUAU